AUGGCUUACCACAAGACUUACCACCUUUUUUUGAUUCUCAUCACGUUGUCAUCAGCACAACGACUGUUCAUCGACACCAUCCCGGCGUAUUCAGAACUUCCGGUUUGUGCGAAAGACCAGCUGCGAACGGUUGUCAAAAACAUGGUUAAUGGUUGUGGAGAUGGGAAAAAGACUACCUCCUACAGCUGCUUCUGCACCGACAGCUCGUCGCACUUCUCCCAAGUCAUCAGCACCAAGGUGGCUUCGGCGUGCCUGCCCGAGACCACGACUGCUGUGGGGGCUGCCGCCGAUGUCUUCUCGAGCUAUUGUGCAUUGGGGUCCAACGGCACUUCUAUGGCAGUUAACUCGACAACGGCGCCGGCCACAACCACCCAAACCGCGACGUCCCACAUCAGCAUCACAUCACCUGGGACGAUGAGUCCAAGCCGCGCAAGCUUGCCACCCUUACCGACGGAGACAGCCAGCAGCGGAAGUGAGAGGAAGCAACAAUCUGGGAUUUACGGUGUUGUUCUGGCUUUGCAUCUCGUAGCCCUGCUACUUCAGAAACUUUGA